AUGGAGGGUAUUGGAGUGAUCAUGCCAAUUGAAAAUGAAAUGACCAAGCCCCAAGAAUUCUUGGGAUGUCCUGGAGUGCUGAACAUUGCUAUGACGGCAGUCGUCGCUUUAUAUGCCUUCGUCGGAUUUUGUGGCUAUCUAAGCUUCGGUGAGGAAGUUAGAGGGAGUUUAACAUUAAACUUACCUAAAGACGAGAUAUUAGCACAAUCUGCCAAAAUUUUAGUAGCCUGUGUAAUGGUACUCUCAUAUGCCUUGAUUUUCUACGUACCAGUGGACGUAGUAUGGAGACUGAUACAAGAUAGAGUUCCCGCUAGGAGCCAUAGAUGGAGUGUAGCCGCCUUAAGGCUUUUUGGAACACUUUUUACAGUCGGUCUUGCCUGCGCUAUACCGAGGCUAGAACUCUUCAUGGAGUUAGUUGGCGCUGUAUGCUUGUCCAUUAUGGGUCUGUCUCUGCCUGCUAUCGUCGAAACAGUUUGGCGAUGGGGUAAAGACCUAGGCCCUUUUUACUGGAUACUCUGGAAAAACUGCCUUAUUGUGUUCUUCUCCUUAGUCGCCUUGGUCUCUGGAGUAACUUUCUCAAUAAAAUCUAUGAUUGACACAUUG